AAUGAGAAAGUUGCCAUAAAUUCAUCGGGCUCGUAUCGGUUGUCUCUGUCGUUCGUACGCAUACAGCGCCACUGCACAUACGGUUGUCGUUAUUAUGGUUGCUUGACUCAACCGAACUGUCACACUGUUGACGUUUUGCUCUGCUCCCAAUGACAGGCCAAACACAAACACAAAACAAAAAAAAACGAAAACCCUAAUGAUAUAGUCAAAACUGAGAGGAUAGUGAGCAAAGCAGAAAAUUGAAAUUAGCCACAUCGGAUCGAACAAAUUUUUUUUCCGUGUGUUCACCGAGCAAUGGAUCGGAAUAAAUCCAAUAUUUCGCGUCCUAGCAAAUCGAAAAUUGGCGCACCGCAUCAUGGAAGUGAAAUUUUUGCUUUGGGCUCGAAAACUACAGCAUCAACUAGUAAUCGAGAAGACAACAAAAGUAAGGUUAUGUCAUCAACGGAUCGAAAACGAGAAGCUUCAUCGACGUUGGCCGCAAAUGUGACGAAAAAGCCGAAAUUAGCCAUCAGCAGUGUGACCAGUUCAAUACAUUCCAGCGGUUUUUCAUCGGUAUCGAGGAGCACCAGUCAUGACGGGCCCAGCGGUAUUACAUCACAAAGUUUUGAAUAUUGGGAACAAGUGGCACAGGAAUGCGAUAGUUCCGAACUGGUGCAGUCUGUGUUAACCGCAAUUGAUCGCCAGGACAGUGAUCAGGUUGUUGCAUUAUUGUGUGGUGCUAUCAAAUCGAUAACAAUGCGACCGAAACUCGAAAAUGCACAAUCGUUAUCACUGCUCUACUUGGCCAAACUGCGACCGAGUAUGUUUUGCAAUGAAGUUGUCACACAGGCAUUGUUAUCAAUUUUGCGUCGUGACUCAACGCCAACAUUUAAAGCGAGAAGCAAUCCAUCAACACACAUUCUGGCUGCCAAUUUACUUGCACGCGGCUAUCAUAAUAAAACGCAGUGGCCCGAGAGUUUUGUUCGGUAUUACAUUGAAGAUGCGGUUAAUGAGCGUCUAUGGGUGGAUUUUGAUGAAUGUUCCGCAUUUGUGGAGAAUAUAUGUACGGCUUUUGGCACAAAAACACCACCCAAAUCGAUGCUUCAACCGGAAUUGAAUCCGAUGGGUUCUAUUUCGACAAUUUCAUCACGUGAGGCAACCGAUGAGGAUUCAAUGGAAGGCAGCAUCGCUGGUGCCAGCACCGAGUCGAUGAAAACUGCUGAAAAUCAAAUAAUCUGUACGGUUCAGCCGCGUUACGGUCACAUGACGGAUGUCGUCGAAAAAUUGGUCAUCGAUACGGUAAAGGAACAGUUCAAUAGACGUCAAGCACCCGACUGUUUAACACGGAAUUUUUUGAAAUUUUUGGCUUCGGUCAGUGGUAUAACCGAUAUAAGAGCAAUGGCCGUCACACGUUUGGAACUCUGGAUGCACAAUGGCAAGUUAAUGAAACCGGCCCAAGAACUUCUCACCUAUAUUUGUUUCAAUGUGAACAGCAACUCUGUGCGAGACAAUGAAGUGUUGGCCAAUUUAGUGAAAAUGCGCCUGAAGGCAAAGGCUCUGGUCAAUGUGUACAUGAAUUGCAUCAAAGAAAUGAUUAUCGUGCAACCGGACAUUUUGUUCGUUGUACUGAAGAAUGCCGUUCAAAAUGAGUUGUCCAAUGCUCGAAAUCCCAACAACAUGGGAAUGGGAAUGCUGGCGAGCAUUUUUCAGACAAAACCCGACGAAUCCGCACGUCAUUUGGCCGCUAUUUACCAAGAGUUUUUAUUGCAGCGCGAAGACUGUUUGCGUACCUUGCGCGUAUUUUUGCGUGAAUUGGUGAAAACAUUACGCUACGAUAUCAAAUUAAUCGUUUUCUGUGAAGCAUUGCUAGGCAGCACUCAGAAUUUCAUUCAACAAAUUGAAAAUUUUGAAUUUCGAGACCGUAUCUUCUAUUCAAUGAUCGACGUGGUGUGUUUGUGUAUGUUUCUUUCGGUAUCGCCGCAGAUUCGCGAAGCAAAUGUCUUGUUACGAGCCGGUCGCGAAACAAAGAGCAGUAAAAUUUUGAUUGAAUACUACAAACAAAUGUCAAACAUACAAAAAGAAGCCAUCAAAUGGAUGUACGACAUUGUACCAGCUCUAUUCAAACCAUCCGAAGCCGAAUACACACAAUCAUUGCAUAAAAUUCUACUUUUAGAUUCGCCCGAACAGUAUACGAAAGGUGAUCAAUGGCCACCGGAACAAGAACGUGCCUUGCUCUUGCGUUUGGUGUCGGAAGUGCCGUUGCAUCAAGACACAAUCGUUUAUUUGUCGUUGAUUGGGGCCACAAAGGAAAUUCCCGUCAAAAUACCCGAUGCAAUGGAAAUCAUUGAACAAGUGAUUCGACGAUCGGCCAGUUUGCGCAUCAUUGACUAUCCCUCUCUGUAUGCUGACAAAAAGGAAAUUAUUGACUUUUUGUUCACGAUGGCCGAGUAUCAUCACCCGGAAAAUAUCAAAUUGCCCAAUGAUUAUGAGCCGCCAAAAUUGGCCAUCGGCACAUUGUACUGGAAGGCAUGGAACAUUUUGCUGAUGCUAUCAGCACACAAUCCGAGUACAUUUGGUGCCUUUUGCUGGGAACGAUAUCCAAUGCUUCGCAAUCUAAUGGAAAUGUCAAUUACCAAUCAAUUUUCCAGCUACAGAGUGCCCGAAGAGGAGCUACAACUCGGUGCGCUAGAAAAAACACAAAUUUUGGAAUUUGAAACGCACUUGGCAGCCGCAACAUCGAAAGUUGUUAUCACCGAGCAAAACAGUUUACUGCUAUCACAGUUAAUUCUGAUGGACCCGAUGGGUGUGCCGCGCAAACCGCCAGCUCAAGUGUUGGAAAUACUGCAAAAUCAAAAUGCCACUUUGAAAUUGGGCCAUUUGUUAUGCCGCAGCCGAAAGCCAGAUUUAUUAUUGGAUAUCAUACAUCGUCAAGGCACAUCACAGUCAAUGCCAUGGCUUGCUGACCUCGUACAAAACAGCGAAGGUGACUUCAAUCAUCUGCCGGUGCAGUGUUUGUGCGAAUUUUUACUGUCAAACUCAUCGUCAAUGGACAAUCAUCGCGAUUUAGAGCUACUGAAGUACUUGCAAAAUCUACUGGCUGAUGAAAACCAAGACGUUCAAACAUCGUGCGAAGUACUGGAGUAUUUUCUCCGUCGGUUGUCUUCACCAUCGAAACAAGGCCGCAUUAAUGCAAUCAAUGCGCUGCAACUUUUACUGAAAGUAUUCCAUAAGGAAGACGACGAAAACAUUCAAAUGCACCAAGAUGAAUCGAGUUGGCUGUUGCAAUUCCUUCCAUUGAUGCCACACUUUCUGGAUGUGCGAUCGAUUGUUAUCGUGCAGCUCAGAGCCGCUUGUCAAAUCGAAAACAAUGCCGAUUUGGUGAUGAUUUACAUUCAAUUCAUCGCAGCAAACACUUUGGGAGACUCAGUUUUGGAAAUGCUUGACCACGUGAUGGAUUUGAGCCAGUUGAUUGUCGAACGGAACACAUUGUUCUCAUGCAUUGUGCCAACUGUAAAACAUGAUGACAAUCGUUUACAAACGUUGAACUGUUUAUAUGUCAUGUUCAAUAAUUACUUGAUCAAACUGAAGGAUUUCAAGGAGACCGAAGAGUUGAACAAAUAUGCUGAGCUUGUAAUGGUUAAAUUCCACAAUGAUGAUAUGCAGCCGAUUCACAUGAUAAUAAUCCAUGCGUUCGUCAUUCUGUUGACAUAUGCAACAAUGAUUCCGAAUGCAACGCCAUACUUGGACUACUGGUUCCCACAAAAUGCUCCGCUUCCGCAUGCAUUUUUCCCGGAAACCGAUGAGCCAGCUCCCAUUUUUCCCGAUUGGCUGAAAUUGAAAAUGAUUCGCAGUUCAGUUGAUCGUUUGGUCGAUGCCGCUUUGAAAGAUUCGUCACCGCAACAAAUUGUGUUGUUCAUCCAGAGUUUCGGAACGCCAAUUAAUACCAUGUCAAAGCUACUUGCCUUGCUUGACAAGGCUGUUAUCGAAAAUGCGGAUGCCGUGAAAGAAGUUAUUGGCGAUACAGGCUAUUUCGCACAAGUCGUUGAAGUUCAGCAGGCUCGUGGUGCUAAACAUGGUAGAUUCGCAAUCGAAACAUUGCAGUUGGACGAAAAAGUCCAGCCAGAUCCACCAAAACGAGACAUCAUUGUAACCGAACAACUGGAUAUACCAUCAUGCAAACCCCAGCCACAAGCUAAUUCAUCACAAUCGAAAGAAAUCGAUGAAGUGAUCGAUUUGGUAUUGCACAGUGAAACAUUACCACAUUCACUGUUACUUCGAUUCCGUCGCCUGAUUCAACAAUUACUCACCACAGAUGGUCAACAUCAUUUGGCCAAACAGCAACAAAACACCGUUUCAAAGGUGGUACAGUAUCUGUCACGCAACGCUAAAUCACAAUAUGGACAAACCUUUUAUCAGCGCAUCCUACAGAGUUCAGCGGUUUGCUCGUUCUUCCGGACAUUGUUUGUGUCUGUGCAAGAAAAGUCAUCCAACCACAAUUACUUGGCUGGCAUCAAUGAUCAUGCCAUGGAAUUCAUGAUCUCCGACAAUUGUCCCAUCAUUUUCCAAAUGAUUUUUAACAAAGUCAAAAACUACAUAAAAGUCGACAAGGACACAAAGUUUGCGGUGGAAAAUCAGGAUUUAGUGCAAGUACUUCAGAUGAGCACAAUGACUGAGCUACAAACAAAGGGCAAUCACCUAUUGAACGAAUUGAUAAAAAAUAAUACGAAUUCAGAAGAGUUGGUGGAUGUGAUUACGACCACGUUGAAAAAUUCACGAAUUAUAAAAACCGAAGAUGCAUCGGAAUUGAAUAAAAAUGGGCUGUUAAUCGAUUGGCUGGCUGACAUCGAUUCAGAAUUGAUAAUUUCAACCAAGAAUAGCCUUGAUGUGAUGUUCAAUCGGUCAUUGCCGCAGUUUCGAUUUUAUUUGCUGUCACUGUUGAGCCAUCAAGCCAGUUGGUCAACGUUGCGCAGUACAUUGGUUAAAUUACUUGCUACGUACCAACCUGAUUUUGAUUCAACAUCCGUGAUACACUUCAUUGCCGCCCUCAUUCAUAAUCCAAAACUGUGGCAAGGUCGCGAGAAAAAUACAUCAAAACAUUAUCGAAUCGAGUAUGUUCUGCUGUUGAACGAUAAACAACUGAAGGUGUUUACCGACUACAUUCUGAGCGAGGAGAAUCUCGAUGCGGAGAAAUUGAGUUCACGCGUUAGUACGCUAUUGCAAUGCAUUCCACCUGAAUUGCUCGACCUCAAAGAGUUGGUGUCAUACGUGCGUAACGAUUCAACCGUUGGCAGCGAAACAUUGAGACGUCAAUUUUUGCAGCAGCUUUACUUGAAUAUACCGCCAAUGAAAUUCACCGUGCUUGAUUUGGACGAAAUUUAUCUGGCAAAUGCCGUUAAGCUCACAAAUUGUGAAACCGAUAAGGUCACAAAUAACAUAAUGACCGCAAUGUCAUCGUUAACAACACCAAGGGAUUUCCAGGCAAUGUCACAACACAUGGAGCUGCUGCUACGGAAAUUGGCCGCAUCACAUCCAUCGUUGGUUUUACGACAAAUUUCCAUGAUGGCAUCACUGUUGCAAGGGCGUGCCCAUAUGGAUUUGCACGUUCUACGAUCCAAUUACCAUAUUCCGUUGUUCAUUCAAGUGUUUGGCAUUUUGGAACUGUUGCAGCCGCUUAUUUUCGAACAAAACUACAGAACAUCAUUGCAUUCAGCGCUCGAAUGCUACUUUAGUCUAUUCCAAAAUCAUGGCACCACAAAAGACACCUUUGAUUUAAUGUACCGUUUCAUGGAAUUCCUGCACAUUUACACGCAAAAAGAUUCGGCAAACGCAUGGAAAUUCAUCGAACCACAUACGGAUUUGAUUGAAGAUUUGGCCGCCGACAAUCGCAUGAUAAUACCACUUCAACAGUUGGUCCAAGGCGUGUCGUUGAUCAAGUAUAAACAGAAUAAACGCAAUGACAACAAUAAUGACAAUGCAUCAGCCACACAGGAGAAUACCGGUGCAUCGGCAAUCAUUCUAACGCCAUACACGAAAACGCUUAAUCAAACACUUACAAAAUUGCUGAUUGAAAUUCAGCAUCGUUCCAAUGACGAAGUGCUGAGUCCGCUACAGGAAUUGGAGAUCAUCACAACAAAACGUCAAGUGCCCUUAGAAUCGAUACACGAACGACUUUUGACACUGAUUUCAUCGUCAACGGUUAGCAUCCGGCAAUCAGCCUAUUUACUAUUAAUUCGCCAUCUAAAAUCGAAUCCGGGUAAUUUAGCGGUGAAUGCAAACACCCUUGCCGUGUACGUGCAAUGUCUACGUCAAAAAGAUACCGGUGUCGUCAUAUCGGCGUUGCAAUUUCUAACCGAAAUGGUGUGCUGUCUGCAGGAGUAUUCAUCGGAGAUACUGCGCAAUGCCUUCGAAAUGGGCAUCAAAUCGAAAAUCAACACAUUCGAACAUAUCCGAAAAUGUAUACUCGCACUGAAGACACAGCAUGCGAGCUAAACAACCAUUUCCUUCUGUUUUAGUUAAGCGACAAUUUUCACAAACAACAACAACAUCAAACUUCUUCUCGGAACAAACAUCAUUUAUUUUUUUUUUUUAUUGAUUUAGUUUUUUCUAAUGUCUAAGUUUAAAUGUAAUUACAAACAUUUGUAUCGAAGAAAAAAAAUAACAACAACAAGAACAUCAUCAUGGAAUGGACUAGAAUAAUAUAGAAAUUUUAAAUAAAACUGAAGAAUAUUAGAUAAGAAUCUAAAGCAUUACAUAUUUUCAGAUUAUGAUUAGUAAUAUUUUUGUAAAAAAAAAACAAAUGACAACAACCAAACGAAUCCAAUCAAAUUCGCAAAUAAAAAAGAUUGAACAAUUCUAAA